ACGAAGGCUGUGUUCCAGCUAUGCCCCAGCAGAGUCAACUCAUGUGGCUGAAUUCUCAGUCCUUACUGUUAUGCGCUGUCUUAGUACCUUUGGGCUGAUAUAACUGAAUACCAAAGACUAAAUGACUUAGAAACAAGAGAGAUUUAUUUCCCACAUUUCUGGAGGCUGGGAAGUCCAAGAUCAAGGCAUCAGUAGAACCUGUGUCUGGUGAGAGCCAACUUCCUGGUACAUAGAUGGUGGAAGGGGCAAGGGAGCUCUGUGGGGUCCCUCUUAUAAGGACACUAAUCCCAUUCAUGAGGGCUCCACCCUCAUGACCUAAUAACCUCCCAAAGCCACCACCUCCAACUACUUUGACUUGAGGGUCAGAAUUCAACCUAUGAGUUUUAGGGGGACACAGUCAGUCUAUGGAGUGUACUCUUUAGAAAGAGUACAUUCUGGCUAAGUUUAGGAGCCUGCCACCAAAGGCUAUUUCUUUCUCUUCUGUGGGUUCUGCUUGCCUCCUUACUGUGCGAUCUUUCUGAUAAGCUAUCAGAAAGCCACAAUGUCACCUAGUCAGUGCUCCCAGCUCCUCUCCCACCCAGAGUGACAUUCUUAUCUAGUCCUUGAGUAAAUGAAUGCUGAGUCUUCUCCAUGCUACGAACACGCCCCCACCCAGCUCUCAUUCUUUCCAUCUUCUUGCUGAGUGUUCCUGGCUCUGUGCUUCCUCUUGGCCCAUCUCACUUCCUGAAACACCACUGAAGAGCAUUGCUUGUCUUGAUGGGGCUUAAGUAGCCCUCCAGGGGCAGGGGAACUAACAGAAGCAGCAUUUUCACUUUCAGCCCACAUAGAACUGUCCUCCAGGCUUCUGGGAGCCCAGGGGUGUACGGCCUGCAUUGGGGCUGAAAGUGAUGGCCCUGUGAUGGACUGUCUCUAAGGACAGGGGGAGAGGGGGUUCCAACAGAGAAGAGAAGGAAUGGGUGUGUUGUGAGCUCUGGACUGUGGCUGCUGCACCUGGACCUCUGGUGAGAUGUCUGGCAAGAGCUAGGCUGACUUGUCCACACGGAUCUUGUUGGCACAAAUGUCACCUGGGAGGCUCCACCUGGAAAGCGAGAUGCCUGUCAACAGCACUGCCGUGUCCUUGGCCAACGCUACCUACAUCACUGUGGAGAUUCUCAUUGGGCUCUGUGCCAUAGUGGGCAACGUGCUGGUCAUCUGGGUGGUCAAACUGAACCCCAGCCUGCAGAACACCACCUUCUAUUUCAUUGUCUCCCUAGCCCUGGCUGACAUUGCUGUCGGGGUGCUGGUCAUGCCUUUGGCCAUUGUCAUCAGCCUGGGUGUCACAAUCCACUUUCAUAGCUGCCUUCUCAUGACCUGCCUGCUGCUGAUCUUCACCCACGCCUCCAUCAUGUCCUUGCUAGCCAUUGCCGUGGACCGAUACCUGCGGGUCAAGCUCACGGUCAGAUACAAGAGGUUCACCACUCAAAGACGAAUAUGGUUGGCUCUGGGCCUUUGCUGGCUGGUGUCAUUCCUGGUGGGAUUGACUCCCAUGUUUGGCUGGAACAUGAAACUGAACUCAGAGUACCACAAAAAUCUCACCUUCCUUUCCUGCCAAUUCCGUUCCGUGAUGAGGAUGGACUACAUGGUCUACUUCAGCUUCUUCACUUGGAUUUUCAUUCCCCUGGUUGUCAUGUGUGCCAUCUACCUUGACAUCUUCUAUGUCAUCCGGAACAAACUCAAUCAGAACUUUUCUAACUCCAAAGAGACAGGUGCAUUUUAUGGACGGGAGUUCAAGACAGCCAAGUCUCUGUUUCUGGUUCUUUUCUUGUUUGCUUUGUCCUGGCUGCCUUUAUCCAUCAUCAAUUGUAUCAUCUACUUUAAUGGUGAAGUACCACAAGUUGUGCUCUACUUGGGCAUCCUGCUCUCCCAUGCUAACUCCAUGAUGAACCCUAUCGUCUAUGCUUAUAAAAUAAAGAAGUUCAAGGAAACCUAUCUCUUGAUCCUCAAAUCCUGUGUGAUCUGCCAGCCCUCUAAUUGCUUGGACUCAAGCACUGAGCAGACUUCUGAGUAGCUAUCCAUGAAAGAUGACUCUCCAUUCCAUUACCCUUCAGAUUCAGCAUGGACAAACACUUGAGGGCCUACCCACCCGGGCCAUGGGCUCUCACGUGUUUGAUUUCUUCCAGUGAUGUGGGAUGCAUUUGGCUGGCUGUCUCCAAUUUUAUCUUCCCUACUACCCUCUUUCUCUAAUUCAAUUUUUUUCUUGUCCUUCUUUUCUAAUUCAAUUUUCUGGGUGUCUGACUUGAGGACAAUAGUCUAUUGUUACUACUGCCUGUGUUCCUCCUUCCCAAACAGAAGUCAUGGAAUCUGAAGGAUGCCUCAUUGACUUACUGACAAAAGGGUCCCAACUGGGCUGGACAUGGACGUAAUGGUGACUCAGUUCUACUCCAUUAUGGAACUAAGCAGAGAACCCUGCUCUCAGCAGAUACCUGGAGGAUGGAUGGAAUGCAAGGAGUGAACUGAGUUUAAGAGGGACUUAACUUGCUGGAUUCACCUGUAAAUGUAUUUGAGUAAAUAAAAGAUGAUAACUAA